AUGGCGGCAGUAAUGAUGCAACCACCUCAACAGCAGCACCAUCAUCCAAACCAACACCGCCUAUUAUUCGAAGAUCUAGUCUUUCCCGAAGCCCAAGACAUUCAUUUCGAAUUUGAAGAUUUUUUACAAACAGACUUGAAUUUGACCCUUACACAUGACAAGGCUGGAGCUCUAGCUGCUCGUCAACUACGUCUAUCUCGUGGUAAAUCCGUAGUAUGUAAACAUUGGUUGCGUGGAUUGUGUAAAAAGGGCGAUUUGUGCGAGUUUUUACACGAAUUCAAUCUUAAAAAAAUGCCAGAAUGCUGGUUCUUUCAACGACUCGGUGAAUGCACAAACCCAGAAUGCCAAUACCUUCAUAUCGAUCCAGCUACCAAAAUGAAGGAAUGCACGUGGUAUUCUCGUGGAUUUUGUAUACAUGGGCCACAGUGUCGUGGUAAACAUGUCAGGAAGGGUGUGUGUCAGAAUUAUUUGACUGGAUUUUGUCCCAAGGGCCCUGAAUGUCCUUUUGGCCACCCCAAAUUCGAAGUCCACACUCUAAACGCAGUCCUAGCACCAGGUGAAAUCCAACCCCAAAUACGUCAACACAGGUCUUUAGACGACGUGGUAUGUUUCAAGUGUGGAGAAAAAGGCCACUAUGCAAACACGUGUAGAUUAAGUGCUACGGCUAUGAGAGGUGGCAGUAAUGAACGUGGUGGUGGGUUUGGAGGUGGUCGUGGACGUGGUCGCGGAGGAGAGCACUCACCCUCACCUUAUGGUGGUAUGGAUAAUAUUUCUAGGCCUAUACCAACCUUCACUUCUUAA